GAUGCUGCUGCAGUGGACAUUUGGGACUGUAGAGACAGCUGGAGGCAGACGGAAGUUAGCGGCGCAAACCGAGCGAUGGUGCGGAAAUAUCCAACAGCAUUUGACACACAAAGUUCAUGACACAAAACAGGCCACUGCUUUAACAAGCCUCGGCGUUUUCGUGUUAAAUGCCGGCCCGUUUGUUUCCCCGCAACGAGCUAACCGAGCCAGAAGCGACAAGAAGAAGAAGAAGGAGGAGGAGGAGGAGAAAGUAACGCAGGAGUAAUGUCUGCCAAAACAAACGCUCCCAAGAGCAAAGACAGCGGAGAACUCAUCAAAAACCACCACAAGCAGGCGUUUGAGUACAUAUCCAAGGCGCUGAGGAUCGAUGAAGACGACGCAGGUGACAAGGAGGAAGCCGUGCAGUGGUACAAGAAAGGCAUAGCCGAGCUGGAGCGAGGCAUAGCUGUGGAGAUCACAGGGACAGGAGCAGAAGAGCAACAUGCCCGAGCGAGGAGGCUGCGAGAUAAAAUGAAGGCCAACCUCACCAUGGCAAACGACAGGCUCGCUCUGUUGGAGGCCACAUUGGCAUCGAAGAGUAAAAGUCCUCGUGGGUCGAACUCAAAUCUUGCUAAUUCACAGCCAAAGCCCAAAAGCCAGCCUUCAGCGUCCUCCACCAUCAGGCCUUCUACUUCUGUCAGACCCCCAACAAGACCCCUUGAACCAAAGGUGACCCCUCGCAUGGGAAGAGCUCAGAACGGCAAACCUCCAGCUGGGAAACAGCCACCAAAGAGGGACAUGAAAAACUUCAAGAACGUGGACAGUAAACUGGCCAGCUUGAUCCUGAAUGAAAUCGUCGACAGGGGGGCGUCCGUUUCCUUCGAAGACGUCGCUGGACAGGAUCUGGCUAAACAAGCGCUCCAAGAAAUCGUCAUCCUUCCCGCUUUAAGGCCAGAGCUGUUUACCGGACUGAGAGCGCCCGCACGCGGUUUGCUCUUAUUUGGCCCUCCUGGAAACGGGAAGACCAUGCUGGCCAAAGCGGUCGCUGCAGAGUCUAACGCCACCUUCUUCAACAUCAGCGCUGCCAGUCUAACCUCUAAAUAUGUGGGAGAAGGCGAGAAGCUCGUCAGAGCGCUGUUCGCCGUGGCAAGAGAAUUGCAGCCUUCCGUCAUCUUUAUCGAUGAAGUGGACAGCUUGCUCUGUGAGAGGAGGGAGGGGGAACACGAGGCUUCCCGCCGUUUAAAAACCGAGUUCCUCCUGGAGUUUGACGGGGUGCAGUCAGGUGGGGACGAGAGGGUCCUGGUGAUGGGAGCAACUAACAGGCCACAGGAGCUCGACGAGGCCGUCUUAAGACGCUUUGCGAAAAGAGUUUACGUGGCGUUGCCCGAUGAAAAGACACGAUGCACGUUGCUCAAAAAUCUUUUGGGAAAACACGGGAAUCCACUAAGCAAGAACGAGCUCUCCCAGCUGGCAAGAGUCACUGCAGGAUAUUCAGGCAGCGAUCUGACAUCACUGGCCAAAGAUGCAGCACUUGGACCCAUUAGAGAGUUGGGACCUGAACACGUCCGUAAUAUGUCUGCCAGUGAGAUGCGCAACAUCAAGCUGAAAGACUUUGAGGACUCACUGAAGCGCAUCAAGCCCACCGUCAGUCCAGCGACUCUGAAUAUGUACACCAAGUGGAACAAAGAUUUUGGCGAUACGUCAGCGUUUUGAUCCCCAUCGUUUUCACUUGGAAGCAAAAGCGAUCUCCUUUUUGUUUACGGGAAUAACAAACCCUCAGGUGAUCUGUUGAAGCAUUAUGGGAUGGUUUCCUGUUUUAUGGAAGGCCUCUCCUUCUACUGAUCUUACAAGUUUAUUUAACUACACUCCUUAUUUACUAUCAGCAAUAAAAAAAAAAAAAAUCAUUAUUUAUUGUGUUUGAUUUCCUACAAAAUACAAAUUAUCUGUCUUACCCCCGUAAUAAAAUAACAUACCGGUAGUUAUUAGCUACAGUACACUUACGGACAUGUUGAUGGUACUCCUACUGCUGCUUGUUGAGCAAAGCUUACAGAGUGACAGUAAUUGGGAGAAUUGCCCACGGGCUUGUUUUUGCUUGAGAGCGUUUGGCUUUGUACAUAGUUUGUAGAUGCAGGUAAUUCAGUUUCAUUUUCAAGUAGGACCUAAUGAACUGUUUCUGAUUUUAGUUAUGGCACGGAGAUAAAAAAUCUCCACGAGAUGUAAAACCUCUCCAUCUGUGAAUAAAAAAAUUCAAUAAAGCUUCA